AGACAGAUCCACUGGACAGGGACUGGGGCUGUUUGGGCCGCCAGCCAUCUCGAGUCUUCGACCGCAGAUGCGGUUGGAUGCGUGGCCGUUGCGUUACGUGUGUAGAGUUGAAUGCGAGGUGCAGGGGGAGUUACGCUGAGCAAGAAUAGGCUUUGAGUAAGAGGAAACAAUGUGGGAGAAAGAAUGGUACUGUGGCCGAAUAAGAGAAUUGCAAUGCGGGGAAGUCAGAAAGAAGACGUGAGUGUUUACCACGACGUCCAUUGUGCCCAAAAGACAUAGGCAUGCGUGGUGAGCGCCAAGAAGGGAAAGGACGAGUCAGUCUGUGUCAGGAAGGGACGUUAAGACGCGGAAGUCGCAUGGCUUUGUGCUGCCCAAGCGUAAGGAUGCGAGGAAUCGUAUCGCAAAGCUUGUCGAAGGGUACUGCGGCGGCGCGGUACCGCAGGGAAAGGCUGUGGCGAAACGUAGAGAGUCGGGUCCUGGUGCUUGUGCUCCCAUCUCAUCUGCAAGCAGGAAUGGCGAACGCUUGGGCUGGAAACAGAGGCUUCCGCGGUCUGGAUGUCCUUGCUUGUGCGUACCCUUCCGCAACGCGGAUAAGUGCGGCUGACGGGCCGGGCGUCAACGACUAUUUUGGUGGUGAAGUGUGUUUGAGGAAGAGCAGAGGCUGGGAAACGGCGCCGAAAAGCGACCGAGGCGUGAGCGCCGAACAAGAAGCAGUGACACCUCGCACCUUCCCCUCGCCGAGUUGUCGCCGCACCCUCAAAACAUCUUACGAUUCUGUCUUCGCAAAGCCAUGUAGUCUCCGCAAGCUUCACGCCUAGAGCAACCCUCGCUGCCAAUCACCCGCAACGGUCCCAAGUCCUUCCCGCCGCGCCCUGCCGGAAGGGGUUCACGUGCAGAUCAGUGCGCGGUCUUGGCCUAG